AUGCUUACACGGAACUGCUUGUCCCUGCUUCUCUGGGUCCUUUUCGACGGAGGUCUCUUAACACCACUUCAUCCACAACUACGACAGACUUUAGAAACCGAGUCAAGGGGAAAUGUUGUCACAGCACCAGAGAGAAAGACUCCCGCCGUGCGGGUCAAACGAGGCUGGGUCUGGAAUCAGUUCUUUGUGCUGGAGGAAUACAUGGGCUCUGAACCCCAGUAUGUGGGAAAGCUUCAUUCUGACUUGGACAAGGGAGUGGGAAGUGUCAAGUAUACAUUAUCGGGUGAUGGAGCUGGUACGGUGUUUACCAUUGAUGAGACAACAGGGGACAUUCAUGCCAUAAAAAGCCUUGAUCGCGAAGAGAAGCCUUUCUACACCCUACGUGCUCAAGCGGUGGACAUAGAAACGAGGAAGCCCCUGGAGCCUGAAUCGGAGUUUAUCAUCAAAGUGCAGGACAUUAAUGAUAACGAGCCAAAAUUCCUUGAUGGGCCUUACGUUGCCAGUGUCCCUGAAAUGUCUCCAGUAGGGGCAUAUGUGCUGCAGGUCAAAGCAACAGAUGCUGACGACCCAACAUAUGGAAAUAGCGCCCGUGUGGUUUACAGUAUUCUUCAGGGACAGCCAUAUUUCUCCAUUGAUCCCAAGACAGGUGUUAUAAGAACAGCCUUGCCAAACAUGGACAGAGAAGUCAAAGAACAAUACCAAGUCCUCAUUCAGGCCAAGGACAUGGGAGGGCAGCUUGGAGGACUGGCUGGAACGACGACUGUGAACAUCACCCUCACCGAUGUCAAUGACAAUCCACCAAGAUUUCCCAAGAGUAUUUUCCAUUUGAAAGUGCCUGAGUCCUCCCUUGUGGGUGCAGCCAUUGGAAGAAUCAGAGCAGUGGAUCCUGACUCUGGGGAAAAUGCAGAAAUUGAGUAUACGAUCGUUCCCGGAGAUGGAGGGAACCUGUUUGACAUCAGCACGGAUGAGAACACACAAGAAGGUGUCAUCAAGUUGAAAAAGCCAUUAGACUUUGAAACGAAAAAGGCAUACACUUUUAAAGUCGAGGCCUCCAAUGUCCAUCUUGAUCACCGUUUUCACUCUGUUGGCCCAUUCAAAGAUACCGCUACCGUGAAGAUUAAUGUGUUGGAUGUAGAUGAACCUCCAGUUUUCAGCAAACAUUUUUAUACCAUGGAGGUUUAUGAAGAUACUCCAGUUGGGACUAUUAUAGGAGCUGUAACAGCCCAGGACCUUGAUGUUGGCAACAGUGCUGUCAGGUACUUCAUAGACUGGAAGAAUGAUGUGGACAGCUUCUUUACGAUAGAUGGGACAGAAGGAACUAUUGCCACAAAUGAAUUGCUGGACAGGGAGAACACUGCACAGUACAAUUUUUCAAUUGUUGCAAGCAAAAUUAGCAACCCACUGUUAACCAGCAAGGUCAAUGUCAUCAUAAAUGUCCUAGAUGUCAAUGAAUUCGCUCCUGAAAUUGCAGUGCCCUACGAGAGUUAUGUGUGUGAAAAUGCAAAACCUGGACAGGUCAUUCAGAUUGUCGGCGCUGCAGACAAGGAUUUGUCACCUGCUGGGCAAAGAUUCUCCUUUCGACUAUCACCUGAAAUUUCUACAAAACCAAACUUCACAGUCCACGAUUACAGAAACAACUCAGCUGGCAUUGUGGCCAGGAGAAGUGGCUACAGCCGGAGGCAGCAAGAAUUGUAUUUUCUCCCAAUUGUGAUAGAAGACAGCAGUUAUCCCAUUCAGAGCAGUACCAACACAAUGACAAUCCGGGUUUGCAGAUGUGAUUCUGAUGGUACCAUCCUUUCUUGCAACGUCGAAGCAAUCUUCCUGCCAGUUGGUCUCAGCACAGGAGCCUUGAUUGCAAUCUUGUUGUGUAUUAUUAUACUUUUAGUCAUCGUUGUUCUGUAUGUAGCGCUGAGACGGCAGAAGAAAAAAGACACCCUUAUGACCUCUAAGGAAGACAUCCGAGACAACGUCAUCCAUUACGAUGAUGAAGGAGGUGGUGAGGAGGACACUCAAGCUUUCGACAUUGGGGCCCUGAGGAAUCCAAAAGUGAUGGAGGAUAAUAAAAUACGCCGGGAUAUAAAGCCAGACACUCUCUGCUUACCUCGUUCAAGACCACCCGCAGAUGACAACACAAACAUCAGAGAUUUCAUAAAUCAACGACUGAGGGAAAACGAUGGGGAUCCCUCAGCACCCCCUUAUGACUCUCUAGCAACAUAUGCUUACGAAGGGAAUGGAUCUGUGGCUGAAUCUCUCAGCUCUAUAGAUUCUUUUGCAACGGAAGCAGAUCAGGAUUAUGACUAUCUGAGUGACUGGGGACCACGUUUUAAAGUCCUAGCAGAUAUGUUUGGAGAAGAAGAAAGUUAUAACCCUGAUAAAGUCACUUAG